AUGACAGCCUUGAUAUGCAGUAAACUGGGGCUGCCAAUCAGUACGACACACUGCUUGGUAGGAUCAGUGGUAGCCGUAGGUGUCGUGAAAUCGCGGAAAAACAUCGAUUGGUCCAUAUUCAGAAAUAUCGUCAUAUCUUGGGUUGUUACCCUACCAGUUGCUGGACUAGUAUCCGCUGGUAUAAUGCUUCUGCUCAAGUUUGCUCUCUAG